GUGUAUAUGUGUGUGUAUAUAUGUGUAUAUAUGUGUGUAUAUGUGUGCAGGGAGACGCUACAAUGAGUGCACUAGUCCGUAUGACAGACACGGGGCUUCUUAUCACUUCACUGAUGUGGCAUCGUAUGUUGGACUUCGUAUAGUAUGAUGGUAGGAGCUGACGAGGUUGAUAACUCUCAAAGAUACGCGGUAGGCGUGCCAUGUGUAUAUCCGCAUGUAUGCUGAGAUAACAUUCCCGACACCAAGAAAACCCACCCAAUCUAAAGAAAGAUAUGAAGAAAAUCUAGCAGAAUGCUGCUCGUUCGUCGAGUAUCCUAGAUUAUCAUCAAGAGAGCCAUGCUUUUACCUUCCCCCCCUACCUUCCUCUCGUUCCAUGUCCAUCCGCACCAAACUACACAAGCACACAAAUCACCCAACACGACAUACUUCCCCACUAUCACUGCGACGGUAUAGAUUCGAUAUAACUUUACUUGAUUGGGAUAUCAUUAAAAUCGACCGUCUUGGCAUGGAAAUUUCCCUCCACUUCGCCCAUUCCCAUUUCCCUUUACAUAGCCCCGUGUCCAUAUGGGCUUCCUUGUCCAUGUACCAAUCAAUACAUGCAUGUAUAUAUAGCCAUGUACAUAUCCAGACCGCCCAGCUGUGUGUUGCGCCCGCGUACAAAGGAAAAGAAAGAGAGAGAAAGUCGAAGGAAUGACUAUGCGGGCGUGGGCCUGGCAUGUACAAACAGACGGACAGACAGAGAGACAGACAGGUAGACAAAAUAAGGCAAGGAAAAGAAAGGUGCC